GGUUACCGACCGUUGCGAGCGCUACCCCAUUUCGAAACUUGAAAUCCCUCGCACUCGGAAACCGCACCUGCACUUGCGCACCACUCCCAGACCGAAAACAAGAAACCAGUGCUCAAGAAGAGAAGGAAGAAAUGGAGAAGGGCGGCGGCGGCGACGCCAAGCCGGCGACCCGGUUCGGCUUCUCGUGGGCCGACGAGGUCGAGCGCGAGGAGCGAGAGCAGCAGCAGCAGCAGCAGCAGGAACAAGUUGCGAUGCCGCAGCGGCGGGAGGCGAAGAGGGAGCAGAGCAGGGCGGAUCCGUUCGGCGCAGCGCGGCCGCGGGAGGUGGUCCUGGCCGAGAAGGGCGUCGACUGGCGCGCGCGAGACUGCGAGCUCGACCUCGACGCCCCGCGCCACCGCGUCAGGUACGCCAACGCUGCGGCCGCACGCGCCUUCACGGUCGAGGAGGCCCCGAGCCGCGCCAGCAUCCUCUCGGUGUCCACGUGCAGGGCGAUUCCAGCGCGCCCUGCGCCGUGGGACCGGGACGCGGGGAGCGCUGGACGGACGCCGCAUCCGCGGCGGCACGCCGCCGACUCUACAGCGAAGAUGGCGGGCCGCAAGAACGCGCCGCCGGUCACCCCCAGCGCGUGGGGCGGCAAGAGGAAAUGCGCGGGGGACGGGCCGGCGCGGAGAGUCUUUAGUGAAGUCAACGUUGGAAAGGGCUGCAGCACCUCGGUCUGGGGCUCCACCAAGAAGAGCCGCAACACAGCUGGAACGCAGGCGAUCAAAGCGAGUGAGACCGCCGCGGUUGCAGACGGCGACAGCAGAGGCCGCAGGGUGCCAGCGGCGACGAUGGCCGCAACCGAGUUUCAUGGAUCUGCCGUCGGUCACAAGAAGAGGGGAGGGAAGAGGAAGGGAAGGGGAUCAAAGAAGACCGAGAACUAGCGAGCUCUGCUACUCUAGGUACUAGAGCUGACCAGCAAACAGAACUAGAUGGUGUGUAGAGAGUAGUUUUAACUGUUGCUGCAACAUGUGUUGCAUGAACUGAUUGGACUGUGUGAAAACAUUAUGUGCUGAAUCCUGUACCGAUUACAUCACGUGCUAUGAACUGGUUAGUGGAAUUAUGUGUUAAAACAAUCAGCAAGGAGUAGGGCCUUGCC